AUGUUUGGCCGCUCGCGGAGCUGGGUGGGCGGGGGCCAUGGCAAGUCUUCCCGCAACAUCCACUCCUUGGACCACCUCAAGUAUCUGUACCACGUUUUGACCAAAAACACCACAGUCACAGAACAGAACCGGAACCUGCUAGUGGAGACCAUCCGUUCCAUCACCGAGAUCCUGAUUUGGGGAGAUCAGAAUGACAGCUCUGUGUUCGACUUCUUCCUGGAGAAGAAUAUGUUUGUUUUCUUCUUGAACAUCCUGCGGCAGAAAUCAGGCCGCUAUGUGUGCGUUCAGCUGUUGCAGACCUUGAACAUCCUCUUUGAGAAUAUCAGUCACGAGACCUCACUUUAUUAUUUGCUCUCUAAUAAUUAUGUAAAUUCUAUCAUUGUACAUAAGUUUGACUUUUCCGAUGAAGAGAUUAUGGCAUAUUAUAUAUCGUUCCUGAAAACACUUUCGUUAAAACUCAACAACCACACUGUCCAUUUUUUUUACAAUGAGCACACUAAUGACUUUGCCCUGUACACAGAAGCCAUCAAAUUUUUCAAUCACCCUGAAAGCAUGGUUAGAAUUGCUGUAAGAACCAUCACGUUGAACGUCUACAAAGUGUCAUUGGAUAACCAGGCCAUGCUACAUUAUAUCAGAGAUAAAACUGCUGUCCCUUACUUCUCCAAUUUGGUCUGGUUCAUCGGGAGCCACGUGAUCGAACUUGAUAACUGUGUGCAGACUGAUGAGGAGCACCGGAAUCGAGGAAAACUGAGUGACCUGGUGGCUGAGCACCUGGACCACCUGCACUAUCUUAAUGACAUCCUGAUCAUCAACUGUGAGUUCCUCAAUGACGUGCUCACGGACCACCUGCUCAACAGACUCUUCCUGCCCCUCUACGUGUACUCACUGGAGAACCAGGACAAGGGAGGAGAACGGCCCAAAAUCAGCCUGCCGGUGUCGCUCUAUCUUCUGUCGCAGGUCUUCCUAAUUAUACAUCAUGCACCCCUGGUGAACUCGUUAGCUGAAGUCAUUCUGAAUGGUGAUCUGUCUGAGAUGUACGCUAAGACUGAACAGGAUGUUCAGAGAAGUUGUGCCAAGCCCAGCAUUCGGUGCUUUAUUAAACCCACCGAAACACUCGAGCGGUCCCUUGAAAUGAACAAGCACAAGGGCAAGCGGCGGGUGCAAAAGAGACCCAACUACAAAAACGUCGGGGAGGAAGAAGACGAGGAGAAAGGGCCCACCGAGGAUGCCCAAGAUGACGCCGAGAAGGCUAAAGGUACAGAGGGUGGUUCAAAAGGCAUCAAGACGAGUGGGGAGAAUGAAGAUAUAUGGAAUAUUAACAAACUCAAAACUAUGUCAAAAGAGAUAGAGAUGGUGAUCAUGGAGCGCAGCAAGCUCCCAGAGUUGGCGGCCAGCACCUCCAUGCAGGAGCAGAACACCACAGAUGAGGAGAAGAGCGCCGCCACGGGCUUGGAGAGUGUGCAGUGGAACAGGCCCUUCCUGGACAUGGUGUACCAUGCCCUGGAUAGCCCAGACGAUGAUUACCACGCGCUCUUCGUGCUCUGCCUCCUCUACGCCAUGUCUCACAACAAAGGCAUGGAACCUGAAAAACUAGAGCGAAUCCAGCUCCCAGAGCCCAGUGCUGCUGAGAAGACCGUCUACAACCACCUACUGGCUGAAAGACUCAUCAGGAUCAUGAACAGCGCUGCCCAGCCAGAUGGGAAGAUCCGGUUGACGACACUGGAGCUGAGCUGCCUGCUCCUAAAGCAGCAAGUUGUGACCAGCACGGGCUGCAUCAUAAAGGACGUGCACCUGGCCUGUCUGGAGGGUGCGAGAGAAGAAAGCGUUCACCUACUGCGGCACUUUUAUAAGGGAGAAGAAAUUUUUUUGGACAUGUUUGAAGAUGAGUACAGGAGCAUGACAAUGAAGCCCAUGAACGUGGAGUAUCUCAUGAUGGACGUCUCCAUUCUGCUGCCCCCCACGGGCACGCCACUGACGGGCAUUGACUUUGUGAAGCGGCUGCCAUGUGGUGACGUGGAGAGGACCCGGCGGGCCAUCCGGGUAUUCUUCAUGCUCCGUUCGCUGUCACUGCAACUACGAGGGGAGCCGGAGACCCAGUUGCCACUGACUCGGGAGGAAGAUCUGAUUAAAACCGAUGACGUCCUAGAUCUCAACAACAGCGACCUGAUUGCGUGCACGGUGAUCACCAAGGAUGGCGGCAUGGUCCAGCGAUUCCUGGCUGUCGAUAUUUACCAGAUGAGUUUGGUGGAGCCCGACGUGUCCAGGCUUGGCUGGGGAGUGGUCAAGUUCGCAGGCCUCCUGCAGGACAUGCAGGUGACUGGUGUGGAAGAUGACAGCCGUGCCCUAAACAUCACCAUCCACAAGCCUGCCUCCAGCCCUCACUCAAAGCCCUUCCCCAUCCUCCAGGCCACCUUUGUCUUCUCGGACCACAUCCGCUGCAUCAUCGCCAAGCAGCGCCUGGCCAAGGGCCGCAUACAGGCGAGGCGCAUGAAGAUGCAGAGGAUAGCUGCCCUCCUGGACCUUCCGAUCCAGCCGACCACUGAAGUUCUGGGAUUUGGACUCGGCUCCUCUUCCUCCCAGCACCUGCCUUUCCGAUUCUACGACCAGUGCCGCCGAGGCAGCAGUGACCCCACAGUGCAGCGCUCUGUGUUCGCGUCCGUGGACAAGGUGCCAGGCUUUGCCGUGGCCCAGUGCAUAAACCAGCACAGCUCACCAUCCCUGUCGUCGCCCUCGCCAUCUGCCAGCGGGAGCCCCAGCGGCAGCGGGAGCACCAGCCACUGCGACUCAGGAGGUGCCAGCUCCUCGUCCACCUCCUCUGUUGCCCAGAGCCCAUCAGAUGACGCCGUGACUAUGGAACAGCCUCAGCCUAACCUUCCCGACCAGUUGGUGAUCGUCAGCGAAAUGGAAGCAGAUGCCAGGCCCUGCAAGAGCCUGGCAAAGAGCGUGGACAUGGAGACGGUCAGCCUGUCCCCCAGCCUCACCCCGACCCAGCAGCCCACCAUUUCCCUGCUCUGCGAGGACACGGCCGAUGCACUGAGCGUGGAGUCGCUGACCCUCGUCCCACCUGUGGAUCCCCACAGCCUCCAUACCCUCGCAGGCAUCCCCCCGCCACCCCCACUAGCCGCCGAGAGCACGGUGACCCCAGGCAAGGAGAUUGCACAUCCAGAGCCAGCGGGCCCCACCGAGCACUAGUCCGAGCCACGCAGCCUCCCUCUGUGGGUGUGGCUCCGCUGGUAGGGACCCAGGCCACUGACUCCAAAGACACAUUGAGAGCAUCGCUGUGACCAUCUUCACCACCCCCGUGUGCUCCUUCACUCCAUUUGAAUUCCUCUUUCACUUUCCACUUCUUCGAGAGCAGCUGGGACCCAUGGAGACACCCUAGCAAACCCAGAGGACUGAGGUGGCGCCUCGGGAAGUGGUUGGGUUCCUGGAGUGCGCGCCCCCAAGCCUGGGUGGCAGGACCCACCACCACCACCACUCCAUCAGCCGGCCCUGCCCAGCUCACAGCUCCUCCGUGCAUCCCAGUGUGCACGGAAGAAGCGGACGAGGUCACCAUAGGCAGAAAUUUGCAGGAAAGCGAACUUCGAUAAACAUCUCCUUUGGGUAUUUAUUUCCACUUUUGGCAGCAGGUGGAAAGCAUUUAUUUUAAAAGCACCUAUUUUGUUGAAAAGUCCAAAAAAAUCCUCAAUGCUAAGGUGUAAUGUCAUGUAAAAAGUGUAAGAUUACUGUUAAGUUUUCAUUUUCGUUUUCCCCUGAACUUCCCAGUGUUUUGGUUUAGAGUUCUCAGUCUGGCGUUCUCCGUUUUCUUAAGUGAUUCUUAUUUCUUUAUUACUCACUAAUUCUGCAGGCCUGUGGGAUGAUAACUACCUUCCUGGAAAGUUUAGAAUAUUUUUUAAACAAAAUAAGGGAGAUACGUGUAUUCUCAGGUACACAGGGAGCAGAGAGGGUGGGGGUUUCCCUGCCAGCAGCCCAGGGGCCUAACAUUACCUGAAGUCUUUUCAUGAAACUGCAGUCAGCUCCUGGUUCAGCACCCGUUCCUGGUCUCUGGCCCAAAAGCAAGCAGGACAGUUACCCAGCAUCCCCUCAGUUGUCCCAUCUCUGUUUGCCUAAGAAAGAACCAUUGGGGACCGUGAAGCCCCCAGUGGCUGUGAUGAGAGCAAAGGCGUGGCAGCAGCAUCUGCAUUGCCUGCUCGACCCUGUGCACUCUUCCUCUCCUGCCACCGCCAAGACACAGCUUGUGUGUUAAAUGAACCCCCUCCCUGUGGGCCCGGGGUGCAUGGGCCAGUUCUCCCCGGAUCCAGUAAAGCAGCCAAGGUUCCUUCCUGCUUGGCACAGCCAAGCGACCCUCCCCCCUCUGCCGUGCUGAGACCUUCCGCAGCUUGCCUGCCAGUGUCCACCCGGGUGGCCUCCAGAUGCUCCGCCUGCUCACCACCCACCUCUCCGCCUCCCUCAAUCCAGCCGCCACAGCAGGGCCUGGAGGAGACAGUUCCUGCGGGGGACGGGAGUGGUGCCAGUCAGAAGCCCUCCGGGCAGCUGUGCCCACCAAUCUUCAACAAAGAAAAGACUCAUUUAGGCUGAAGUUCAGGGCCCCAGCAAGAGGAACAAGCCACGGCCACCCGCAGAGCCAGGUGGGACGGGAGAGGAGGACAGUCCGUGGGGAGGAGGGCCGGUGGUACCCCUUCUCCAGCAGCCAGCACAGGUCCUGCGUGAUCUGCUUGCACGUAAAACAACCCGUCCCAGGGCCAUGCACUUCUGGUUUUCCAAUGACUCAGGCAGCAGAACUGAAGCCAAGUGACUUCCCAGGUGGAGCCAGGCCCUCCCCGGGACCACCGCCUGCCGUCCGGAAUCCAGUGGUACCUGGUGACUUCGUGGCCUCCGGCACUGACGGAGAAGGUCUCGGCAGGGGGACAGCAUGCCCAGGGGCCUGUGGCAGCACUGCCCAGGCUUGGGGAGCCGGAUGUAGCCUCCAUGGACUGUUGAGUGAAAGGUGCAGAUACCCCCAGCCAGCCCGUAGCUCACCUUUAGGUGUGUGGGUGAGGACUGCUUUCACCUGACACCUUGAUGCUGAGGAGGACAUAUGUCCUUGUGCUGGCAGGUCUGGGGUCCGGAGGAGGCAGGCAGGGUCUUGGCUCUGAUGAAGGUCUCAUCUCACCAGGUCUUGGCCGUCUUAGCAGCAGUGGAGAACCCCACAAACUUCACAGCGGGGCACUCCCAGGCUGGCCAGUCCACACAGAGCCCUGGGUCUCAGGUGGGGCAGAGACAGUUAAGCAAGGAAUUCUUGGAGAGCCCAGAGCAGGAGGGACCCUCUGACCCAUGGGCCCUUAAACUCAUCUCUGAUGUCAGCCCCCACAUUCCUGCAGGAGGGGCUGGGGUUGGUCUCACCCUCCCCAAGUCCACACUGAGCUCUUGGGUUGGCCACGCUAGGGGCAGGGUUGACCACAUGAGCCCCCAAACCUCAGCUUUGAAAGUUGCCGUGGAGAAGCAGUGUCCUUUCUGGCGUGAGGGAGUGAGGGCGCCUCUCCCCAAAGGCCAGGUGGGGCGAGUUCAAGGAGCUCCCCAGGGAGGAAAAGAGGACCAUCCCAAAGCCACAGUGAGAAGGUGGGGCAGAUGCCCCAUCCCAGGGAGGGGUGGGCAGGAGGGUCCUCCCGCCCCAGCAGGCCUUCCCCCCCUCUUCCCCCUCUGCCAGGCCUGCCCUGCUCUGUGCUCUGCAGGAGGCAGCUUCCCACCCAAGCACCGAAGAAACGCAUCCUUCACAGACACGGGAGAUCUCCAAGGUCUCGAGGUGCACUGUUUAGAAAGGCACUGGGUGAACUGAUUCUCAUCUUUUCUAGAUGCAAUAAGUGAGAACUAUCUCGUGUAGUCAUGUUGACACUGGGCAUAAACUGUGAGGGUUCCUAAUGUUCCUCCGAACUGCAAAUAUGUAAAUAAGUUUGUCCCGAGGAGGAGCAGGGUUAGGAAACCUCACGCUUCUGGGCUGAGGGACCGUUCCAGGGAAGUACCUGCUCACCAGGGUGACUCAUGCUUCGUGAGCACUGCACACCAGGGUGGAAAUGAAAACUGGAACUUCCUUGUAAAUUGUUACUUGGCAAUAAACGUGAAAGAGCUACCAGAA